AUGUUGUAUCUUGCUCUGUGCCCAUAUGCUGCCAUACAGGCUAACGAUAUCCUCGAAUUUGAGUUCAAUGUCAGUAAUCUUGGAUCUGUACAGAGUUCGCCUUCGAUCUCGAUCAAUGGUAGUGGGGUCGUAGCGUAUGCACUCGCAAACAUGACAACGUUCUCUAACCUGACAGCCUUUGGCGUACCUGACGGAUCCAGCGCCUUGUACCUGAUAGAGCCAUACUUUGUUGUAAAGAAAAUCAAGCAAGACACCGUUUCAUACUUACAGCCAAACAAUAUCACCAUCGUUUUACAGGUCAAUUGUGAUGUUCCUCAACAGAGUUUUAUUACUAUCACUGGGUUGUAUCAAACAAACACACCUACCAAUCCUUCACUUUCCAUCAUUGCUCCUGUUUCUGUCUUUGCAAGCACGGCGGACUGGGAUGCCUCCGGGAUUCUUAUCAUAUCGGUGGUGCAAGAUGGAAUGACGAUUGGAACCAACUUCUCGAUCAUCGUCCCUCUAGUCAACCCGCUACUUGGCCAAGACUCUCCUGUCAUCAACAUCUCCUGCGUCAUUGACACGACGUUUGCAAACGCGCCCAUCCCACCGUCAAACAUGGAGAAGGACCUGGGCAACCUUGCUCCCUUGCUCGUGAACAACUUCGUGUAUGCUUACAUCCAGCAGUCGACGCCAUCAUCAGGAGCCGUCAACACCCUCACUGUCAGCAUCCAAGCGAGAGCAUCUCUAACUGUGUCCGAGAAUACAAAGAUCACUAUCUCUGGGCUGGUUGGCAGCGACACGCCGUCAACGAGCAAUCUGAAGCUGGUUGACACACAGAACAGCGAUUCUACUCUGAUCUUCGGCGAUUCUUGUGAAUGGAUCAACAACGUCUCCACUCAGAUGCUGAUCUUGACCGUCAUCGCAGACUCCCAGGCCGGCACCAUGUACAGCUUCUCAUUCAACCUCACCAAUGGGGUCACGGGGCAGAACGAACCAGCGAUCCAAGUAUGGGCGUCAGGAGAUUCAUCGCCGGGGACAACAAUGUCGAUACCAACGUCCAAAAACUUGAGGCCGAUGAGAAUAGGAAAAUUCAACGUCAAGACCCUCACUCAGAACACUCCCGUAUCAGGAGCUCUGAACACGAUCUACUUCAUAUUCUCCGUCAAUGUAGACCUCAGCACAGGAGAUGCUGUCAUGACCGUCGGCAACUUGUCAGGUGCCAUCGCCACAUCUCCGAUAUCGUUGAACUAUGGGCUAAUCGGUGCGAGAGCCGACACGCGCUUUUGGGACGGAAGUCAGUACAGGAGAGGUCUGUGGACUACCAACACCUUGACGCUGCUGCAGUAUGGCACCUUUUGGGCCGACACCACUUACUCUCUACAAUUCUCAGUCACCAAUCCCACCUACGCCCAGGAGCCCCCGGACGUCACAGUCAGUGUGUCGGGCCCGAUAGCGAUCGCGACUGUCCUCGCUCUCAAGACCGGCCUCACUAUCAAGGGCGUCGUGCGCGGGUCAGACACCCUGAGGGUUCUUGUCCCAGAGUUUGUAACGGCCAUCAUUGCUCAAAGCACAUGUCUGAGCGGCGCGAGCAACUACCUGUAUGUCACCCUACAGACCAACAUCAACUUAGAGAACGUCGACGGAGCCUCCAUCACCAUCAAGCCGCUCACCGGGGCCAAGGCUGCCUCUCCCGUCACGCUGCUGCCCGUGACCAACGGCAACAGCGCAGAGCUGCUCUUCCAGGAUGCGUCAGGCAACGUGGGCUACGGCCUCUGGGGAUGUACCUCUUGCGCGUUCGAGACUCUUUACCUGACUAUCGGGAGUGGCCUGAUCAUGCAGACAGGUGUCCAGUACGCGUUCAAGGCAGAGAUCAGGAACCCGCGGCCGGAUGAAUGGACUUUGCCGCAAGAGUACGCGGUCGAGGCACCUGUGUCCAUCACUGCCAAUGGAGCCUUUGCGAGUUUCGCUUCUAAGACCAUGCAAGUUGUACAAGAAAGCCGCGAUGGAAUCACUAACGGCUCGCUCCCUCUCAAGGUUGUCGUUCCAAGUUUUGUGACCAAAAUCGUAGGACAGGCCUCAGCAAGUCAGAACAGCUCAAACAGCUUGACCUUCACUCUACAGAUAUCAGUGGAUGUCACCAGAAACUCUUCCAUCCUGAUAUCAAACAUGAAUGGGCUUCUCAUUGAGACUGAUCUCGUGCAAUUGUCCAGUCCUACCAAUCUCAGCUCGGAUUUUGUCGGCGCUGAGAUUUUUUCAGGCAGUCGCAAUCUAGAAGUGGCAGAGACAGGAGGCUGGGAAGCUGCAUCGUCAAGCCUCUCCUUAUUCUUUGUUAACGGGUCCCUGGCCAACCAGACUAUCGUCUUCUCUGUGCACGGCAGGAACCAGGAGCAGGGGCAGCAGCCUCAGGUCCUCAGCAUCUUGUUGACUAUCGAGCAUGGGACGUAUGACAGCGCCAUCGGGCCUGAGGCCAUGCUCUCGAGCACUGGAGAUGCGGCUCCCCUGCUGAUCGCUCAGUUUCUUUCUGCCAGCAGCUGGCAGAGCAAUGCCUCAGCUGCGGCUGCCAACACCAUCUCCGUCUCCUUCUCUACAAGCGCGUCGCUCCUGCAAGGUGGGGUCCUUCUUGUCUCCGGUCUCAAUGGAACAGACCCAGACAAGACUGUCGUGUCGACGAUCGAAGGGAACGCGUCUGCUUUCCUCUCGCUCCAUGCCUUCGAUUGGUCGCGAUCUACUCUCAUUCUAAAUGUCACAAACAAUUCCAUGGCCGGAGAUGUUUACGUCUUCUCCUUCUCAGUGAACAACAGUCUACAAGGGCAAGCUCCUCCCAGCCUCUUUGUAUCAACCACCGGCACCCUCAAUAUUCUUCCUCAUGCGGUCACACAGGCAGCUGGCAACGCAGCUACUCUCUUGAUCGCAAGGUGGCUGCGGGCAGAAAUCAGUCAAAACAAUUCGUUGGCAGGGGAAGAAAAUUUACUGACCAUUGAGUUCGAAGUGAACGUGAACCUCAACUCUGACUCCGUGAUCAGUAUCUCCGGGCUCGGCAACCUUGGGUUGAGCUUGUACUUUCCCUUACUGCAAGAUUCUUCGAGUUCCGUUGGCAGUCAGUUGUUGACAGGAGACAAAUAUGCAAACACUGCGGGAACGGGAAGCUAUGUGGGAGGAAAUGUUGUAUUCUACGUGAGAAGAGGGCUUGUUCUAGAAGCGAGGACGGUAUACUCUCUGUCCUUCAAGGUCGUCAACCCAAGUGUGGUGCAACAAGCGCAGCAUGUAUCCAUACAAGUCACUGGGACAUUGUCAAUCCCCCAGCAGGCGAUGAAUGUCUUGAGCGCUAUGGACAAUCAGCCGGGAGUUGUGAACAAAGUGUCUACUCCUCGCUUCUCCUCCCCAGUCGCAGUCACGUGCAUCAGCCGAUGCCUUAUCUUCAUCCGCAGCAGCACGCAAGGGGCCGCGAUCUUCUACACCCUAGAUGAGAGCCUGCCCUCCAACGCGAGCUCCUUGUACUCCGGGCCCUUCUAUGUCUCAUCCACCACAAGAGUUUGCGCAGUUGCUGUGAAGGAGGGGCUAGAAGACUCGGACGUCGCCAACUCAAGUACCUUCUAUGUUCAAGCUUCUUCACCCGUCUUCGUCUCCCAGGCCUCAAGUAACCGGAGCGACGCCUUCCAGCUGUCGAUCUUCUGCUCGACAUCUCAAUCUUCCAUCUACUACCGGCUGCUCUACCCUCAGACCUCCCCCGCAACCUUCGACUCCUCUUUUCUCUCUUACUCGAGUCCGAUCCUUGCUCCUUCCGACGCGACGAUCGAGAGCUUCUGCAACAAGACUGGCCUGCUGGCCAGCAGCUCUUCUUACUGGCCUCUCGUCCAGUAUGACUUCGCGCAGGCCUCGCAGCAGCUGGGGACAUACGUCGACGCCAUCUGCGCAAGCAAGUCUCUCGUGCACGCCGAUGAUCAGCUGGACUUUGCUACGGCGGGUCAAACUCUGAGGUUCUUCAUCGUUGCCAACGACGAGCUGGGAAAGGUUGUCAACCUGGUAUUCAACGACAGUUUGCCGUGGAACAUCACUAUGUAUCCUAAGACCUCCUACCUCAUCCCUACCGUGCAGGGCAGAGUCUCUUACCCGCUCAAGGGUCUCGUGCGGCCGUUUGAGACCAUAGGAGAAGGAGGGGCCAGCUCUCCCACAGCUGGAUACUUCGUGGGCACCAUCUCCCCUGUCCUCUCGGGCGAUCACAAAGUCUUCGUCCAGCUCGGCAUGCAAGACGUUCUCGGAAGUCCCUUCCUCGUCUCAGUCCUGCCAGCCCCUGCUGUCUGCGGCUCUAGGUCGACACUCGUGGGCUACGGCCUGACCUUUGCGGCUCUCAUACCGUACCGCAACACCUUCUUCAUCGAGGCACGAGACGAGUUCGGAAACAUGAGACCAGGUCAGCUACCCGACGACCGGCUGUUCGCGUCCUUCCUUGUUCGCACUCAAUUUGCAUACCAGCAGAGCCCCGACUGCAAUCAGAGCGCCUGCCGUGGUUGUUCUGCUCUCGAGACCUCUGGGUGCAGCUCCUAUGCUCCUCCCUUCUUGGGAUUCAGCGCUGGAGGUCUUACGCCGCCAUGGCGAGGUGCCAUAUCCACCAUAGCGGUCAAGAUCCUCCCGCAGCUCCAGGAGCCCUCCAGCAGCCUGAGCUCGUGCUUGACUAGCGAUCAGAGUGAGAGGCAAGUGCUGAGCGAGCUGGGAAAGGGGUCCAUACCUGCUUCUAUCAUCUCAACAGAGACACCUCGCCCUGUCAGAACUUUCACUUCUUGCACACCCGACUGCUUCACAUGGGGAUGGUGCACGCCACCUACUACAUCAGGAACAGCUCAGCCCGAUGCCCUCCUGCCGAAUGAUCUCAAGACAGUCGGCAAGUUUGGCUUGUCUGACUUUGCAGACUCAACGCUUGAAACCAUCGGCAACUUGACUUGGGCAAACGAAAGCUUCGUGAUCAGACUGCAUGGGAUGAUGACGAUGAAGCGGAAAACCUCCCAGGCCAAGAGUUUUCGUUGGUCAAACAUCAGCACUUCUGACAGAGUCAAGGUCUGGGUAGACAAUUCUCUUAUCAUUGAUCAGUGGACUUCCUUGUCAAGCGUGCAACCGUCAGCCUACUACAAGUUCUUCGAUCUCUCCUUCCCGUACGACGUCUUCAUCGAAUGGAAGAUUCCGCAUCCUACCCCCAACACCUCAGCUGAACUCCAGCUGUCUGAUGCCGUGGAGGAGCUCAGACACUGUCAAAGUUGUCAAGGUUCCCAUCGGGUCCUCCGGCAGGUCUGCAUGGGCGGCAGCGUCAACCUGACGGGCUCAUGCGUCAAUCAUACAGCAUGCAACUGCUCCGACACCGGCGAGCUCUACUGUGAUGGAAUCAGCACAGCGCAGGAGGCGACCUGCUCCUGUCUCGGCCCCAACUCAGGGUCAUCUUGUGCGGCAGAUGCAGAUUGUACGGGAGGGGGGAGUUGUACUCCGUUGUACGAAAGUUUCCCUUCAUACCGCAUCUUCUCGCCCUACGAGCUUGUGGGUUCUCCGUACCGGCUGAACUUCUCGCCAGCGAUCAGCUCAGCAAGUUUCUGCUGUGAGAACAUCCUCAACAACAACAUUACAUGCCCGACACUGUGA